AUGGGAUUAUAUUUGAGUAAGGUCCUUUACUGAAAAGCUUUUAUUUGAUUGAACAUCACUUUAAAGCGUCAGUAUGAAUCCUGUUAGGGCCGAAAUUAAAAAGUGCUUGAAAACAAAUUACGAUGAACCAACUGAUAAUUUGGAGGCUGAUAUUCAACGUGUAAGAAACGCUUAUAACGUAAAAGAAAACAUUCGUUCUGUUGUUCAAAGUCAAAUCCGGCAAAUGCAACUUCGAGAACAAUGGUUACUGCACCAGGUUGACAGUGUGCAUGAGUGCUUGACCAAAAUAGCACAGAAAAAUUCUGAGCAACUUGCGGAAACGAGAGGAAAACUGUUGUGUUGCUUGGAUUUGAUGGAAGAGGUUAACGCAGAUAACAGUCUUUCAAUACAGAAGUACGCUAAGUCAGUGUUGAAAACUUACAACAAAAUGGUAGCACAAGAAACACAGAAUCAUUCAAAACAAGCCAUCUCAUUUGACUACAGCGAUAUGAGCAACAAGAUUCAAAAGUUUGGAUCGAUAAGUUGCAAAGAAGAAGACGUGUGUUGUGAUGACACAUGGGAGUUUCCGGAAAGUGAAAACUCUCUUGAUGAUUUGGAUUCCCAGGAGGAUAAUUGCAAGGACUGCUGUGGAUCUUGUGAACCAGGUAAAGAAAUUGAAGACAUCGACCAAAUGUUUGGAGGUAGGAUGUUGAAGGACGUCUGUCGUGCUAAUGAAGUUUGUGCAACACACAGCGAAUGCCUUUGCGAUCAACCUUGUUAUCUAAAUGCUGAAUGUUCAGAGGUGGACCAUGUCCCAACUGCUGUACUAGAUGUUGAGAAAGCAGUAUCUUCAAUCAUGCAUGAACCAAAAACCAAGGAGCAACCAGAAACACCACACCACGUAACAACACGCUGGGAAGACUUAGAUGUUCAAGAUUCCUCACAUGUACAGAACAACACCAGUUCAGCUGAAGAGAAGUUUCAAAACCAGGUCAACUUGUUGGAAGAGCAAUUUUCUCUGAUCAUGUCAGAAACGGAUGUGAAAAGUGAUCGUCAAGAAUCUGUACGACUGCCAUGGUCUGUGGACGAAGUUUCUGCAGUCAUUGAUGGAAUACUCAGUGAAACAAAAGAAAUAACCGAAGAAAAAGAUGUUCCUUCUAAGAUGAUGAUGAUGGCUAGUUCAUUUGGUGGAAAGAAAGGGUUGUUUUACGAGGAAAAAGCAGAUAUGGAAAAAACAGAGUUAAACUAUGCUGCAACAUGGACCACAGUUGAUUCGAUGCAUGAUUUACUGAGCAGUAUUUUAAGAAAUUGAAUAUUAGUAUUAUAUAUAAUAAAUAUUAAGACGGAUGUAAAACUUGUCAUUCCAGUGUAAAUAAGGUGUGCAGUUUUCAAUGCGACUUAUGUUCAUAAAUCCUUUAAUUUUACCUGCUUUUAUGUAUAUUACUUCCCUAAGUCUUUGUGGCUUAUUUUAUUGCCAGAAAUAUUGAUUCAAAUAAAGUCAUACCUUAAUCAAA